AUGUAUAAGAAGAACGGGGAAAACGGACUCAAGUGUUCGUACCGCUGGAUGUCACAUCUGUUGCAGCUACGGACAGACCCAAGCAUCGCAUUGGACUUGGAGCCAGAACUGAGUGAGAAAGAGCUUGCUGCCAAGACCCGAUUGAAUCUCCCGUUCACCUCACUAUCGAAGCAGAGUGAACUCAACAGCCUUCGGCUAGCUGAUCGUAAAGUACGCGUAGGUGGUCAGAUCAUCUAUACGCCGGAUAAAGAAGAUGACUUGGACGAUAGCGAUCCUGACGAAGAUCUCAAUUUGUGGAAGAAUAUCAAUUUUGUGUUAACU